AUCCCAUCCACUGCGCCCAGUUCGUUCCGUCACCAUCACAUUCCACCCUACGAUCACAUUCAACAAUAUGGGCAUUUACACUCGGCUCCCCGAAAGCAUCGACGAGGUCGACAUUAUCAUUGCCGGCGGCGGUACCGCGGGGUGUGUCGUUGCUUCCAGACUCGCCGAUGCCGAUCCCUCACUGUCCAUCCUCGUGGUUGAGGGCGGGCAGAACAACAAGGGCAACCACUUGAUUGCGUUCCCACUCCUUUUUCCAACUGCACUGCUUCCAACUAGUACCGCAACCCUGUUUUACAAGGGAAAUGCGGAGCCGCAGUUGGACAACCGCGAAAUGAUCGUCCCAGCAGGUGGUGUUCUGGGCGGAGGGUCAUCAAUCAACUUGAUGAUGUACAGUCGUGCUCAACGCCAUGAUUGGGAUUCGUGGGCCACUCCCGGAUGGUCUACAGAUGAGAUGAUCCCCUUCUUAAAAAAGCUUGAGACGUAUCAUGGUCCGGGGUCUGACUCUGUUCAUGGAAAGAAUGGCCCUAUUGUUGUGUCUCAGGGGACGUUCUACUCUGAGCGUACGGCAGAGCAAUUCAUUGCUGCCGCCAACGAGGUCGGCUACCCGACGGUCAAGGAUCUUCAAGACCUCGACACUAGCAACGGCGUUCAACGCGCCCUCCGCUUUGUUGACAAGGAGGGCCGCCGCCAGGAUGCCGCCAGCAACUACUUGCAUCCGAAGCUGGAAGAUGGAGCACACCCAAACCUCCACGUCCUUGUUGAGACGAAGGUGAUCAAGAUUCUGUUCGAGGGCAAACGAGCUGUGGGUGUUGAGUUCAAGCCAAACCCUGCCUUCCAGAAGGAUAACAACACCGAUGUUCGACACGUCAAGGCCAGAAAGCUAGUUAUUAGUUCCUGUGGCGCUAUAGGCACCCCGUUGCUUCUCGAGAGGUCCGGUCUCGGCGACGAGGCAAUUCUCAACAAGGCUGGCGUUCCUACUGUGGCCCAUAUCCCCGGAAUCGGCCGGGACUACCAGGAUCAUCAUCUCUUGACUCAGGCAUACUACAGUGCCUUGGAGCCAACCGAGACGUUUGACGCCCCUCUUUCCGGUAGAAUCAACAUGGAAGAGUUAAUCAAAACCAAUGCGCCAAUCAUGGGGUGGAAUGCCCAAGAUGCCUCCUGCAAGCUGCGUCCCACCGAAGCGGAUGUCGCUGCUCUUGGACCUGAAUUCGAGGCGGCAUACGCAAGAGAUUAUCUCUCCACUCCCAACAAACCCAUGGCGCUAAUGGCAUUGCUCGGCGGCUUCCCUGGUGAGCCACACACCGUUGAACCAGGCCAAUACCUCGCGACGUCUUUGUUCACUGUCUACCCCUACGCCAGGGGCCACGUCCACAUUACAAGCCCUGAUCCCGACGCAGAUAUAUCGUUUGAGACUGGAUUCUUGAAAAGUGACCUGGAUGUCAAGAAGCUCAUUUGGGCCUACAAGAAGCAGCGAGAGAUCGUGCGCAGAAUGGAUGUUUACCGCGGCGAGUUUGCGGGCGUGCACCCGCCGUUCGCUGAGGAUUCCGCCGCCGCCCUUGUCAGGCUGGACAAGCCAAAUGACAAGAACAUCCCCGAUAUCCAGUACACUGCGGAGGACGACAAGGUCAUUGAGGGCUGGGUGCGCAAGAAUGUCGGCACCACCUGGCACUCGCUAGGUACUUGCAAAAUGGGCGCGCUUGCUGAUGGCGGCGUGGUUGAUCCCGAGCUUAAUGUUCAUGGGAUUGAGGGCCUGAAGCUCGUGGACCUGAGUAUCGUUCCUCAGAACAUUGGCGCAAAUGCGGCCACCACUGCUUACGCUAUUGGUGAGAAGGCUGCUACUAUCAUUAUGAAGGACCUUGGGCUUGCUGGAAACGAGUGAACUGCCGCUAGAUUCCAAGUGUAAUGAUCGGAUCUGUACACUUUUCCCACGGCUGAUAUAUGAGGUUUGCAGCGAUCAAUUUACCAAAACAAAUUUAUUAUUCACUUUCAAAAGAGUAACUCUAGUCUCUCUCAAAAUUGCGGUGAGACUUGGUCAAUAUGUACGGUUGAGGAACUACCUGAUAUGUGGUAGGUUCUCUGGUUAGUGAGUUUUUAGGUAUGUAGAGCCUACAUCAUUUUGGAAGCGGCAUUAAUAUGUGCCUAUCACUACAACGAAAGUUCUCUGGGUUUAAUUGCAUCCGAUGUAACUAACAUGAACGACAUACUAUGUCCUCAUCACCUUCCCAAGUAACAUCAUCGGAAAAUGCCACUUCUAUUGGCAUGAAUACAUCUUCCAAUCUGGGCUCGCUUGCAGUAUUAUUAUUACCCA